UUUGACUCUCUUCAAUCCUUCUCUUGUUCGUUUUCGUUACUUUUUUAAAACCUUAGGAACUUUGGAUUGGGAUAGCAUGUUUCUGCGAAAUGGGAUAUAAUUUUAUUAGCUUAAUUGAAUUUUAAACUCAAUUAAUGUUUUAAGCGUUGUGCUAUCAUCUCAUGUAAACUAGAAAAUUUGUAGUUUAAUUGAAUUGUAUCAAAAUUAUUUACUUGCUUGCUUGGAAGAGAUCUAAAUAUUGGGACUCAUGCCUUUACCAAUGCAAUCCUCAUCUAAAGUUUUAAUUUGUACUAAAAAUAAGACUAAGUUGAUAUAAUGUUAUUUAUUGGUAGUAUCAUCAUGAGUCAAUUUUUGUAACCAUUUGUCCUCCUGAGAUACAUUAUUAGGUUGAAGCUAGACGUGCUUUUAUGUGUUGGCUUGCCAUUCUGUAAGUUAUCCUAAAUGGGUAUUUUCUAGAAGAUUGUCUUAGGUCUGUAAUUUUUUCCCCCUUGCCAGCUAAGUUCCAUUGUUUGUGUGUCAUUUGUUUUUUAAAGUAAUUUGUUAUCAAUAUUUGUUUAGUGAAUGUUAUUCUUAUAUCAUCAUUAUGUGACAUUUCUUUGAUUAUAUAGUUUCUGAUGUUGUAGAAGAACUGUUGUAAUUGUAUCACUGGAGAAGAACAAGUGCUUGAAUUAAUUUAAUAUCUUUGUAAUUGCCUUAUUCACGGCAUGGACAACGAGAACAAUGACAAUGAUUUUACCUUUUGUCAGGUUGGCUUGCCUACUGAUCAAAACGGUGUGGACACAACGAAUCUUGUAGCUGAUAUUGGUGGUAUUACCAUCAAAGAUGAAUUCUCAAAUAGCAUUGAUAGUAGUCAAAAUGGUGGUUUUCUCUGGAAAGAUAAACAACCAAAUAAUGCCACCUUGGGAAAGCAGGCUGCUGUUGGUUCUUUGACUGUCAAUGUUAUAGACGCAUCAUGUCUGAAACCAUCUUGUGAAUCAUCGAGACAAGUAGCAUCUGGAGAUGCAGAUGCUUCAGGAAAGAAAGCAGAAAAACCUAAAAUUUCUACUAGAAAGCCUGCACCUCGGACCAAAGUUCCUUUUGAGAAAGGAUAUAGUCAAAUGGACUGGCUUAGGCUUACUCAAACGCAUCCUGACCUUGCAGGAUUGAAAGGGCAGUCAAAUAGGAGGCUUAUUUCAAUGAGUGAAGUUAAGCAAAAUCAAACAGAAGGUUCCAUGUGGACUGUUCUGAAAGGACGUGUGUACAAUAUAUCUCCAUAUAUGAAGUUUCACCCUGGAGGUGUUGAUAUGCUCAUGAAGGCAGUGGGAAAAGACUGCACAGCUUUAUUCAACAAAUACCAUGCUUGGGUAAACUCAGAAUUCUUACUGGAAAAAUGUCUGGUGGGUACUUUGGAUGAUAGUGAAGGCAGUAACAGAUAAUAAAACUUCUUGGGACUUGGCUUCAUCGGCAUCACUGCUGCUGAGGGACAUAGUGCAGGAAGAGAGUGCAAUAAUAUCCUCUUAAGUGGUCAAACUCAUAUUAUUCACAUUUUAUACAUCUGAUUUUGUACAAGAUAGUGAAUGAAAUAAAGUUGUACGUACACAUUGUGCAAUAAUAAUAUAUACUAGCCGGUGAUAUUUAUUUAGUCAUAUUAACCCCUUGAUUUGGUGAUGUGUUGGAACUCAAUUUUCAAGUUGAAUAAACAAUUGAUCUGUUUGAUGUUG